AUGGAGUACUUGGGAGUGAAGCCCACCAAUUCUCCAAUGGAGCAGAAUUUAUCUCUUAGUAAGGAAGAGGGCGAUUGCAUUGAAAAUCCCUCUUCUUAUCGAAGACUUGUUGGGCAACUGAUUUAUUUGACCAUCACGAGGCCAGACUUGGUCUAUGUCGCUCGUUGUCGAGACACACGAAAGUCAUCCGCAGGCUAUUGCAUUUUUAUUGGGCGUUCUCUCAUUUCUUGGAAAACCAAGAAGCAAGCAACUGUCUCUCGUUCAAGUGCAGAGGCAGAAUAUCGUUCCAUGGCAGCUGCUUGUUGUGAGAUCACUUGGCUCCAAAACAUUUUACUUGAUCUUGGAACAAAGCAUUAA